CAUUAACUGACUUACCUUAUCUUGAUUGUGUGAGCCUCUGCCUUUAUGCGUUCUCAGAGAUGCUUGAUCCAUUGACCUACAGGAGAAAGCCUAGGAUUUUCUAGUUCUCUCUGCAGAAGAUGAAGCCUCUGCUUGGGACCCUUUGUCUUUUGGGGAUCCUGAUUCCUGAGGGGCUGGGAUAUGAUGGAUCCCUAGCACAACCCAGACGUGAGGUUGUGGAAGAGACAGGGAGCCCGUGGCAGAGCCUGGACACCUAUUCCUAUACCAGAUAUCACCCUAUGGAGGAGAUCUAUCAGUGGAUGAUCCAGAUAAGUGAGAAGUACGCAGGAGUGGCGACACAGCAUUUCCUAGGCAUGACCUAUGAGACCCGGCCCAUGUAUUAUUUGAAGAUCAGCCAGCCAUCCGAUAACCCCAAGAAGAUCAUUUGGAUGGACUGUGGAAUUCAUGCCAGGGAAUGGAUUGCCCCAGCUUUUUGCCAAUGGUUUGUGAAAGAAAUUCUACAAAACUAUAAAGACAACCCAAGGAUAGGAAGAUUCCUUAGAAACCUGGACUUCUACGUGCUUCCAGUUCUUAAUAUAGAUGGUUAUAUCUAUACUUGGACAACUGAUAGGCUUUGGAGGAAAUCUCGUUCAUCCCAUAAUAACGGCACAUGUUUUGGGACAGAUCUCAAUCGAAAUUUCAACGUUUCCUGGUGUAGUAUUGGCGCAUCGAAAAACUGCCAGGAUAUAACAUUCUGUGGCUCAGGACCAGUGUCAGAACCAGAGACUAAAGCCGUUUCCAGCUUUGUGGAGAGCAAGAAGGAGAGCAUCGUGUGCUUCCUGACCAUGCACUCCUACGGGCAGCUCAUCCUCACGCCUUAUGGCUACACGAAAAAUAAGUCCAGUAACCACGAGGAACUGAUCCAAGUUGGACAGAAGGCAGCAAAUGCAUUGAAAAAAAAGCAUGGAACCAAUUAUAGAGUUGGAUCGAGUGCAGAUAUUUUAUAUGCCACAUCAGGGUCUUCAAGAGACUGGGCUCGGGACAUUGGGAUCCCCUUCUCAUACACAUUUGAGCUCCGGGACAAUGGUACAUAUGGAUUUAUUUUGCCAGCAGCUCAGAUUCAGGCCACCUGCGAGGAGACCAUGGAGGCUGUGCUCUCGGUCCUGGAUGAUGUAUAUGAGAAAUACUGGAAUUCAGACAGUGCUGGCAAGGUGACACCUGCCACGGUGGUGCUGGGCCUGCUAGUGUCCCUGGUGUCUAUUUUCUGAGUGCAUCCUACCCAGGUCUGCUCAUCCCCAAUUACGAGAACGUGGCUACAGGGGAAGUGUUUGUCGGAAGUUAAGGAGGAAUCAAAUAAUUUAAAGAUACUUUCCAUUUCAAUAAAGAUGAAUCAUGUUUGCAUUUU